GCUCUUUUAAAACUAGCUGCACUGUCCUACUUAAUCCUUUUGCAAAUCCGUUUCCUUCGAGUGAGUACCCGAGGAGCAAAAAGAAAGAACUUCUAGGUUUUUCCGGCGGCAGACGUGAACUACAAACAAUUCCAAGAGCCAAGCAAUAAUACCCUUCGGCCGAUACCAGACACACCUGUCUGUCACUUUUCAACUGAUACCAACAAGCAAGCAAUUAGAACACAUUGCCCAACCAUCCCUCUCCACACAUCCCGGUAUCACGCCGGGAUCCCUUUCCCAAUGGAGGCUGUCGCAACAACGAGAACAAGGAGGGUGGUGGGGGGGAAGAGGAGCCGCCUCGACCUCACACCAUCGACAUCAGGACUCAUACCCAUGGUCACAUUCACUCUUCUCUCGCUCCUCCUAUUAAUCAACAGCUUUGCCUCGCUAGCCGCGGCUCAGACAACCCCGAUUCCGGUCGUCGGCGUCAAGACGGGUGUCGAUUCCAACACGGGACAGAGGCCAAUUAGGAGGAACAUCAAUGAUCUUUACGCCAGGGGAGGACCACAAUGGGACCUCUACAUCUUGGCCUUGUCGGAAAUGCAAGCGAUGGACGAGUCAGAGGAGCUAUCGUAUUUCAGUCUAGCAGGUAUUCAUGGAUUACCGCACAGGGUGUGGAAUGGAGUUGAGCAAGUUGAGGGUGCGCCUGAAAUUGGGUACUGUCCUCAUGGUGAAACCAUCUUUGUUCCAUGGCAUCGACCAUAUGUUGCUCUCUUCGAGUCUCCCACGCCCUCUCCAUCGCCUCCCGCUACCCCCCCCUCCCUCCAACCCGCCUACACGGACGCCGCCCGCACGCUCCGCCUGCCCUUCUGGGACUGGGCCUCGGACCCAUCCCUCCCCUACGCCGUGAUGAACGACACCAUCAAAGUCAGCAACACGCCCAACUCCUCUUUAGCUUCCUUAUCCCCACCCAACAGCAACGGUACCGGCGGCGGCAGCGGCGCCCCCUCGGGUGCGGCGGGGGUGAAGGUUAGGAAUCCGCUUUAUAGUUAUCGGUUUCAGGAGGGGAGUGUGAUGUAUGGAUUUUCGCCGGACAAUAUGAGGUUAAAUCCGCAGACGGAGAGGUGUGUUUUUGAUGAGAAGGGGCCGGAUAAUAAGACGGAGAUUAGGAGGUGGAGUGAGCCGUGGGUGGCGGAGGAGGGGAUGAAGGAGUUGGGGAGCCAACUGAGGGAUGGUGUGUACGAUAUCUUCGUCAGACCUGACGCCGGAGGAUGGGGAGCUAUGUGGUUCGAAGGUCCUCACAAUACAGUACACAACAACGCCGGAUGUAACAGCGGCACCUUGGCUAACAUCGAUUGGUCCGCUUUCGACCCUCUCUUUAUGCUUCACCACGCAAACACCGACCGCCUUGUCGCCCUCUGGCAAGCAAUCUACUACCACGACACAACCUUCAACUACUCCUUCCCCUCUGGCGGCCAACUCGGCACCAAAAAGGGGACCAUCCUCACGGCCGACUCCCCGCUAAAGCCCUUCCACGCCGAGUUCCCCGCCAACAGCAGCGGCAGCGGCAACACCGCCCCACCACCUUCGGACGCGGGAGGUUUCUUCCACACUAGUAACUCGGUGGCGGACCUCCGGACGUUCGGGUAUACUUACCCUGAGCUGAACACGGAUUGGCAGACGCCCGAUAAGGAGAAACUGGCGGCGCAGGUGAGGAAGGCGGUUAAUAAGUUGUAUGGGUCUAAGGACGAUGGCAGUGCGGAUGAGCAAGGGCAGGCAGGCGGCGUUUCUGGACGGGAUGUUGACGAGGAUCAUCUGGAGGAAGAGCUAGAUGAGGAGGAGGAAGAUGACAUCGAAACUGAUGGCGGAAAGGGGGUUGAAGAGAACAACAAGAUUACCUUCCGCCGUUCUCGGUCGCGGUCUCUCUCUCCCUCCACCUCCAAGGAAGACAAUCACGACAAAACCACAAGCAACGACGCCGAACAAACAGAAGAAAACAACAAAAUAACCUUCCGCCAUUCCCGCCCCCUCACCAAGUCCCUCUCCUCCGCCAGAUCCAAUCCCAGCUCCAAAUCCCAGAAUCAAAAACGACAAUCCUACGGCCAACCCCCUACCAAAAACUACUACUACACCGCCGAGCUCUCAGUCAACCGUUCCGAAGUGCCUCUCCCUUGCACCAUCUCCUUGAUCGUCAACGGGGUAGUCAUGGGCCGCAUGUCCCUUUUGGGUAUGCCAAUGGAGGGGAUCGCGAAGGCUAGUAUGCCGCUGGGAAGACCGCUUGAUGAUGUUGUCAAGAAGAAUGGGGUACAACAACAGCAGGGGUCUCAAAAUCAGAGGAGGGAAUUGGAUACGGGAGGAGGAAACCAGAUAGUUGGUCCUGAGAGAAAGGGGAGGUGGCCUGCUCGCUCUUCUGGGCUGGCGAACGGUGGUGGUGGUGGUGGUGGUGGAGGUCAGAAGCAGAGGAGGGAGAUGAUGGCUGCUGCGAAAAAGACAAAGAGGGGGUUGGGACACGUGGAUAUGACUCCUAAGAAGAUCAUUCCGUUUUUGAGGGGGAAUAUGACUGUUGAGAUUCGAUCGAACGACCAAACCCUAACCGACCCAUCCACCGUCCCCUCUCUGCACCUCGACAUCCAAGACUGGGAAUACACCCCCCGCAAGAACGCCAGCGAGUUCCCCAUCUUCCAGAAUCCUCGGAAAUGGCCAAUGGGGAUUCGUGGACCGGGAGGAGGGCAUGGAGGGUACGGCGGCGGCGGAGGUGGACACUGA